CUGGGCUGUUUCCUCUCUGAACUCGGCCACGAGGCCAAUCGUGCUUUUGCUGUGAUCACAGAGGGAACUGAAGCACUUCUUCCUCUCUUAUGAAGGAAUCUUGUUCAUUUCCUAGGUGGUUUCAUGUGCAUUUGUCUGUGAGUACCUCCUGUCAGAGCUAUUCUGUGUCAGACAAAAGUGCCAAAUAGGCUACAUAAAUACCUUUAUUAUUAGAAGGAUUAACUAAGUUAUAUAUUUUUUGGUUACUAAAAUCACCCAGAGCACUAAGGGUAGAAUAGACCAGAACAUUUUCAGUUGGAAGGGACCUACAAUGACCAUCUAGUCCAACUACCUGAUCACUUCAUGGCUGACCAAAAGUUAAGUGUAUUAACAGCACUGUCCAAAUGCCCCUGGAGCAUUGACUUGUCUGGGAAGCCUGUUCUUCUGCUUGACCACCCUUUCUCUAGGAUAUCACCACUGUUUCUCCAAAUGUCAAAUUUAAACCUCCCCUGACACAGCUUUGAGCAAUUCCCAUUCUUUCUAUCACAGGGAGAAAGCAUAGUUACUAUUUACAGGUGUCCUUCACAAAGAAAAAGAUCUCCUUAGGGAAUUAAAAUGUUCCAUCUGUAGUGGCUGAGUAUCUUGUAAAUAUUUUCACUUGUUACUUGAGCGUUCUUUGCUGUAGCCUCCAGGAUUCUGCAUAUUUUGUGGAUGACUCAAGGAUCUGAGCAAAUGUUCUUGUGAAAGUGCAUAUACACAAGUUCUUAAACGAGACCUGGAGCAGUCGUUAUCACAGGGAGCUAAAUGCAGAUUUGCUGACUUUUCUUUGGUCUGUCAUUGCUUCCAUCUUUUCCCUCGGAGGCCUCUGUGGAGCCCUGAUUGGAGGCAGCAUGGCCAUACGCCUGGGCAGGAAAGGAGCUCUUUUGAUGAAUAAUGUUAUAGCAAUACUAGCCUCCAUUUUAAUGGGGAUCAGUUUUCCUACAGGAUUGUUUGAGUUACUGAUUGCUGGAAGGUUUUUGAUUGGCAUAAAUUCAGGUGUUGGGCUCUGUGUGCAGCCUCUUUAUAUUGGGGAGUUUGCCCCAAAGCACCUCAGAGGUGGCUUGGCCAUGGGGACUUCCAUCUUUCUGACUGGGGGAAUUCUGACAGGACAAAUAAUUGGUUUGAGAGAAUUAUUGGGUGGAGAAAAGCACUGGCCUCUGUUGCUAUCCAGCAGCUGUAUUCCAGCAUUAGCCCAACUGUUAUUCCUUCCAUGGUUUCCUGAAAGUCCCAGAUAUCUUCUUAUUGACAGAGGUGAUGAGCUGAGCUGUGCCAAAGCUUUGAAGCGAUUUCAUGGUUCCUCAGAGUACCGCAGGGAGCUGGAGGACAUCCAGCGGGAAUGCUUUGCCUUGGAGGGGGAGAAGCCCAGGAAGCCCUGGCAGUUGUUCACUGACCCUGCUGUGAGAUGGCAGCUCAUCACUGUCAUCGUGAUGACCAUGGGCCAGCAGCUCAGUGGCAUUAAUGCUAUUUAUUUCUAUGCAACUUACGUUUUUGAACAAGCUGGGAUCGUGGCAGAAAAAAUCCCAUAUGUGACCCUUGGCACUGGAGUUUGUGAGUGUCUCACAGCCCUCUCCUGUGGUUUACUGAUAGACUAUGUGGGAAGAAGAUGCCUUAUCAUUGGGGGUUAUCUCCUCAUGACUCUCUGGUGCACUGUUCUGACCUUCUCUCUGACUUACCAGGAGCUGUACUCCUGGGUGCCUUACAUGAGCAUGAUGUGUGUGUUUGCCUUCAUCUUGAGCUUUGGGCUGGGCCCAGGUGGCAUAACAAACACCCUGACAGCUGAGUUAUUUGUACAGUCCUCACGUCCUGCUGCCUACAUGAUUGCAGGCACUGUGAGCUGGAUUAGUUUCUUCACAGUUGGGAUGCUCUUCCCCUUCAUAGUGAAUGGACUGAAGCAGUAUUGUUUUGUGGUGUUCUUAUUGGAGUGCUUCUUUGUUGCUGCUUUCAUCUUCCUCAUAAUUCCUGAGACAAAAAACAAAUCUUUUCUGGAAAUCAAAAAGGAAUUUAACAAGCUUAACUUUGGAAAAAAUGCCAGGAAAAAGGAAACGGAGCUUUAUGAAAGAAGACAACUCCAAGAUGAAUUUUUAAAGGUUUCUGCAUAAUUUCACAAAUGCAACAGAACUUCAGUGAGAAUUACGAACCUUGUAAUCCAUGAUCAAGUGGCUUAUUAAAUCUUCCUGUGUAUUUAGAGGAAGUGUAACUAAAGGCAAGUUAGCACUGCUGUUAAAACAUGUAUUGCUGAAAUACUAUUGACAACAUAUUGUAUUAUCCACAGAAAACUUGAUCUUUAGCUGUAACCUGGUGCUGUAGGGAUGCAGAAAUGUCAGGGAGGAUGUUCAGAGAGCUCCUCUGGCAGAUUUCUGCAGAGAAUUCAGCAAUUCUUGCAUUUCAAAGCCCUGUAUUGAGUUUGGGUCAUUGGGCACAUCCAAAUGCUUUGCUGAGUGUAAUAUUCUGAGUUCUUGUUAAGACCUACACAAGAACAGAUAGCUGAUAUUUGAAACAUUAUAUUUUAUGUAGAAAUAGUGUAAUUUAGUUUCUGUUUUUCCAGUUAUGUAACUGAAAGCCCUAAAGACAUUCCUCAUCCAGUCCUACUACUGUACUGUGCAACGAAAGUACAGCAUUCUCUGAUUACUGGUAUUUGUAAUAAAAACUUUUAUCCUGAUAAAAGACUG